AAAGUUCCUGUUAGCAGUGUUGAAUGUAGCCAGGUGAUCUCAGUGCAGCGACAGAGACUCAACUGUUGUGUCUUUCAGUUCUCGAAGGAGCGCUAUAUUAUGGAUGGAGGGACCCCUGAAAAGCUAAAGAAGGAACUGGAGGAGGAGCUGAAGCUGAGCAGUGAAGAUUUACGCAGUCAUGCUUGGUACCACGGAAGGAUUCCACGGCAGGUGUCUGAAAGCUUGGUGAGGAGAGAUGGAGAUUUUCUGAUCAGGGAUUCUUUGUCCAGUCCUGGAAACUUUGUGCUUACCUGUCAGUGGAAAAAUCUUUCACAGCAUUUCAAGAUAAAUAAGGUCGUCAUAAGACUCAAUGAAGCUUACAGUCGGAUUCAGUACCAGUUUGAACAUGAAAGCUUUGACAAUGUCCCUGCGUUGGUUAGGUACUAUGUAGGGAACCGCAAACCUGUGUCCCAGCAAAGCGGGGCCAUCAUUUUCCAGCCUAUUAACAGAACUGUUCCACUUAGGUGUAUAGAGGAGAAAUAUGGAACAUCUCCCAUUAGACGCUUGGAGCUGGGAGCUCCGGAUGGAAAAGCAGAAACUCCAAAAAGGCUGAGUUUAAACAUUGGCCAUGGACAGAUCCUGCUGCAGGAGCAAAACCUGAUACGGACCAGUCUGCUUAGAAAUAAAGAGAAGAGUGGCAGCCACCCAGCUUGUUUGGAGAGCAUGCGAGAAAAGAAACGGCCGCUAAAUUCUUACCAAUCUGAAAGCUACCUGCCACUAGGCUGCAGACAACCAUACUUGUCAGCUGGAAAUGAUGGAAAAUUAACACCCAGGCCAAAUGUGUUCAGGACAGGAAGUGAACCCACUCUAAGCCCAACAGAAAUUCGAAGGUUCAGCAAUGAAGCUCAUCCUCCUGAAGCUUUGAGGAGAUCAGACAGUCAACUGUGCCCUAAACCUCCUGCGAAGCCCAGCAAGGCACUCUGUAUGAAACAGCCACCGUCACCUACAGUCUGGCAAAACUCGGAGGCAAAUUACUGUGAACUUCAUCCUAAUCCUCCUGAUGAUUGUGGAUGGUCAAGGACACAUUCCUCCCACAACAGCUUUGUAGAAACCCCCAAAACUGGUGAGGAGGAUACCUUCUCUUUCAGUAACUCAGAGAUGAGCUUCCUGGGAUUCGAGGACUGUGUCUCUCAAUGUUCAACAGAACUGAUUGACAAGGGGGAUGAAGUAGAUUUUAUCAGGCCAGUGUAUGAGACUGAAUCUUCUUUAAAACCCAAUGAGUUUGAGUCACUUCUACUUACCCCAGAAAACAAACCUCUGGAAACAGCCCUGCUUAGACGGGCCAAAGAACUUUUCACCAACAAUGACCCGAGGACUAUUGCCCAACAUAUUCUCAGAAUGGACUGCAAGGUUGCUAGGAUACUUGACGUCUCACCAGAGAUGGAGAGGAUCAUGGGAGUGAGCUGUGGGCUAGAACUAAUAACUCUGCCGUAUGGACACCAACUGCGCCUAGACUUAAUUGAAAGGCACACCACAAUGGCUAUAGGAAUUGCAGUGGACAUUUUGGGAUGUACCGGCAGCUCUGAGGAAAGGGUUGCAACGCUCAACAAGAUUAUCCAAAUCGCUGUAGAACUAAAGGAAUUGGGGGAUUUCUUUGCAUUUUCUUCCAUCUUGAAAGCACUUGAGAUGCCUCAGAUUACAAGGCUGGAAACAACCUGGACCAUGUUAAGACAUCAGUACACACAGACUGCAAUCACUUAUGAGAAACAGCUUAAACCCUUUAACAAAAGUUUGUAUGAAGGUGCAGUAUUCACGAUGCAGGAGAAAUCCACUGUGCCACUUGUGAUGCCUCUCCUAAUGCUAUUGGAGCGUCAGUCUGCCAUAUAUGAAGGAAUGGACUGGUGGGAGAACCAUGACCGAGGAUGUGAAAUAAUGUUCAGUCACCUGGAAACUGGACGACUCAUUGCCCAAAAUGCAGCUUUGUAUCAGAGCAAUGCACAAAAGGCAUUAGAAGGUUUUAACCCAGAUAUAGAGAUGAGUGAGAUCUUCUGCACAGAGUUUCAAAUGAGGCUGCUCUGGGGCAGUAAAGGAGCCCAAGUUAGCCAGACUGAGAGAUACCAGAAGUUCAACCAGAUCUUAACAGCUUUGUCCAAAAAACUGGAACCUCCACCUUCCUAA